AUGCUGGACUGGGAGUCUGCGGCACUGCUUUAUUUGAUUUCCGAGCACGGGGGAUACGCAUACGUGAGCAUGGCGGUGCUGGCGUCCGGUGGCGACAUUUGUGCGAUGACGGCAGCGCGUGAGAUGGCGUGGGAGCAGCUUCACUCCGGACUGUGGCACUCCGUUCUGCUCGUGUGGCGCGACGCGUACUCCAUGGCGUGCCUUCACGUGGCGCAGUACCAUUCCGGUAACGACGAGUUCAGAGAGGCGCUUAAGGUUUUGGAUUUGGGAAUCAUCAUGGGAGGGAUGCUCCUCCGCAAGGAUUUGGACUCUGCCGUCGCGAAAGUGUCGGAACAAACACGAAGGAGCGUUAGGGUUUUUGAUUUAGGGGACUCUGGCGCACAGUUCGUGGAAUGA